AUGGUCUCGCGAUCCGCCAGGCCCGUCCUCGCCAAGCUGCACAUCCCCAACACACCACCGCCCGACUAUUCGGCGCUGUCCCAUCCACCCAUUCUGUCGUCGAUCGCCUCGGGCCAACUCCCCGCCUCGGCCAGCCAUAUCAUCGCCAUCGACCCAGAGCAUCUGCGACGGAGCUCGUUCUCACCGUCAAGUACCGUCUCGAGUUCGUCGCUGCCCUCGCCCAUCCGGCUGGCCUCUCCAGCACCAGCACCUCCCACGAUGCUGCCGUCGUCCCUUCCCAGCCUCUAUGAGCCCUCCUCUUCGUCCUCCAUGUCUCUGUCGACAGCCUCGACGAAGCGCUCGCUCUCCUAUUCCGAGGUCUUGCCGUCGCCCGUGCUCGCUCGGCUUGGCCAUCGUGCUUCCGCCCACGGCCUUUUGCCUUCCCACACGGCCUUGCCCUCGGCUCGGCUGGGCCUGGACGACCCCAUGGUCGCCUGGUCCGACCACCUCGUUCAAAUCCUCAUUUCUCCGCUGAUCCUGCUGGGGCUCGUGUCCUUCUUUGUGCUCUUUCCCGUCGGCCUGAUGGUCGGCUUUCUGGUCCGUUGGCUCCAUGGCCUCUAUGUACUGCUGCUGGCCGGCGUCUGGACACGGCGGUAG